UUGGAUAUGUACAAGUCCAUAAAAACACUUCUCUUGAUAUGAUAUAAUAAUAUAAACGAAAGAAAAACUAAACAUAACGUUGAUGUUAUUGCCGACUCACGGGUCGUUGAUAGCUGCUACAACUAGAAACGGUGAAGCUAUCACCGUCUUGUUUUAAUUUCAUGAUUUACGGUAGUAAAUAACUUUUUUCUUAUACAUUCUCAUACAAAAUUAAAAGUUUAUAAAUAAGUAAAUACAUUUUGUAUUAAAAAGUAAAUCACAGUACUCAAUUUUUCAAAUGAAUGUCUUAACAAGAUAUGUCACAUGCUUACUUGAAAGCAUAAGCGUUACUAUGAGAUGAUCUACAUCCUCGCCACUUGGGCCUUUAUUAGAGUAAAUUAUCCUUUUAUCGAAGUACCCGUUAAAGUAAUGUUACUGUACUCGAUACUCAAGAAACUUUGCUUGCAGAAUAUCAUCUACCCACUACUGCAAUAUUUCUGGCAACCGCAAUAUAUCGAAUUCAUAAAAUAGAUCGGUAAUACCUUCCGAUUUCCGAUGGGGCGUUAAUAGCUGCGUUUACCUUAUGCAACUUUGUUGCUCUCCAAGGGUAAUGUAUGUAUUAUAUAAUUAAUGGCAUCAUGAACGUAACUAACAAACGUGACAAACAUGAACGUGACAAAGUAAUAUGCGAUAAAAUAAGACAAAUUUAAUAUUAAUAGUUCAUCAUUUCGUCAUAAACGCUGUACGUCUUCGCGUCUAUAUUAAAUAUUUAAAUAAUAAGUGUUUUACCAUGUUGUGGAUAAUAUUUGGAUUGUUGACUGUUGUGGUAGUUGUAGUAGUAUUGAUUUAUUUGUACGGUACGCGGACGUUCAGCUACUGGGCCAAGCGUGGGGUCAGGCACGAUGCUCCCAUACCAUUCUUUGGCACCGCGAAACGUCAGUUCCUCCACCAAAUAUCCGUUGCUGACAUGUACCAUGAAAUGUACCAGAAGUAUUCAAGCGAAAAAUUCGUCGGAUACUAUCUCAUGACUACUCCCGUGCUGGUUUUAAGGGAUCCCGAAUUAAUUAAAUGUCUUUUAGUGUCAGAUUUCAAUUACUUCUCCGCCAGAAAUAUGCUCCCAAUGGACGAACAUCCUGAACCUCUGUUGAAAAACCUGUUUUCCUGUGAAGGAGAUCUCUGGAAAUUGUUGAGGCAAAGGAUGACUUCCGCGUUCACGACUGGUAAAUUAAAGGCGAUGUUUCCCCUGAUCGUGGCGCGCGCCGAGAAGCUGCAGCGAGUGGCGGGGGAGGCGGCGGCGAGCGGCGCCGAGGUGGACGUGCGCGACCUCAUGGCGCGCUACACCACCGACUUCAUCGGCGCCUGCGGCUUCGGCAUCGACACCGACACGCUCAGCGACAACAACAACAUGUUCAGAAAGCUGGGUAAACGCAUAUUUGUCCAAACAAAAAGAGAUGCUAUUGUAACAAUCCUUAAAUAUGCCAUUCCGAGUUUGAUGACCAGAUUCCACUUCUUUUCACCGGAGGUCGAGAACGUUACAGUGAAGUUGGUAAAAACCAUAAUGGCAGAGCGGAAUUAUAAAAACUCGGGCAAGAAUGACUAUAUCGAUAUGCUUUUGGAUUUAAAAGGAAAAGGGAAAAUGAUAGGUGAAUCUCUGAUGCAUACUAAAGCUGAUGGUACUCCUUGUAUGGCCGAGAUUGAGAUGGACGAUGAAGUCUUGGUAGCACAAGUGUUCCUAUUCUUUGCAGCCGGGUCCGAGACGUCUUCGGCGGUAUCUAGUUACACGCUGCACGAGCUGGCGCACCAUCCCGAGCACCGAAGGAGGUGUCAGGAGGAGAUCGAUGCAGUACUAGCACGUCACGAUAAUAAACUAUCUUAUGACUCCGUUAGGGAAAUGAAGUUUUUGGAUAUGUGUUUCAGUGAAGGCAUGAGGCUAUUCCCCUCCGUCGGUUUUCUGCAGCGCAUGUGCGUAAAACCCUACAUUAUCCCGGGCACAGACAUGACCAUAGAUCCCGGGGUCAACAUCAUAGUCUCGGUCAAGGGCCUGCACCUGGAUCCGCAGUACUUCCCGGAUCCGGAGGAGUUCCGGCCGGAACGGUUCCACCCGGACAAUGUCUCCGCAAUCAACAAAUAUACAUAUUUGCCGUUCGGAACCGGACCGAGAGCUUGUAUUGGUGAGCGUCUUGGCUACAUGCAGUCCCUGGCCGGGCUGGCUGCCCUGCUGAGCCAGUUCUCCGUGGCUCCCAGCAUCAGCACGCUCCGAAAGCCAAUCAUUGAUCCCAAGGUUUUAGGAGUCCAGAGCGUCAAAGGAGGUCUGCCCCUAACCCUCACCGCCAGAAAGAAGAUAAAGGCUUAAACGAACUCUGCGUUUAUUUUAAUUUGAUAAAGCGUGCAUUGCCACAAUAUUUAAUUAGUAACUAAUAACUUUUCCUUUUUGAGGUACACGGAACAGUAAAAACGAUUGAGACGAGCCAAGAGUAUACCUAAUUCAAGAUGGCGGCUAACCCACCUACCUCUCAAGGUCGUUCAGAUCAUGAGUGAGUGAGUGUCAUAAAUGCGAAACAUUGCUUUCGCUCAACUUCGGAACUAAAUGACCUACAGACUUGAAAUUUUGGAUUUUAAGUAUGUGAUUAUAGUUUACUGGAUGACGAAAAUUUCUGCGUUCUGGUCUUAUCCAGAGGUUCUCAAGUAGGGGCCUAAGAAUGAGGCGAAAUGGUUCCAAUAAAGGAUGGUACGGCAGUGUUUGCUUCGCGCUCGACUUUGCGGGGGCACUGCGGUGGCCUCCGAUGCACACAUAUUUUUUCACGAUUUUAUAAGUCAUAAACACGCCCCAUACAACUGAACUUGUGCUGAUCUUCACACUUAUAAAACUGUUUAAAAACGAACAUAGGUUAGGUUAGGGUUAGGUACAGUCAACACCACAGCUGUGAACACAGACAAAGUGCCAAAAAUAUGUAUACACACCUUCAUGUACAGCGUGCGUAGCCGAAU